AUGAACGAAAAUUACUACGAAAAACGCCAAGCGAGCCCGGGCGAAACGAGACGAUCGAUUUUACGGAAUCCGGCCCGGGUAAACAGCGAGGGUGGAGAAUGGGUCGACACCCUAAUAACCGUUGACCACCCAACUAGAGCCACCCAACCAAACCCCGGGAAUUGGGGAGAACGGAAAAAGACGCGUCGCCGGAUCGUAAACGACGCAAAAUCUUCAAAAACUCGUGACGAAUAA